CUAUUUAAAUCAGUCUGUCCUGACUCAGCUCAACAGUCUCCAGCCUACCAACUGGUCUCUGUAACUUCAUCUUUGUCUCUGUGGUGUACAGUCUUCAGGUGAUGAUGGGGGUAUUGAAUCAUCUCUCCACUCUCCUCCUCCUCUCUCUCCUUCCUCCUGCUCUCUCUCAUGUAGUGGUUAAGUUCAGUGAUGUUCCACAGUGCAAGACGUUCUUCCUGGAGGGGACAACUCCAAAUCUCACAGGUGUUUUGGUUGGUGGGACGGUCCAGAACCAGAACCGCUACAAGCCGAUCUGCCAGUUGUACAACAACAUCUACAGGUUUGCAACUCUCUACGACACGAUCAACAGGAUCCCUGUGUUCUCAGCCUACACCUUCACUGGUGAUGGGGGAAUCAGACCAAGUCAGUCCUGGAUGAUGGAGCCUCAGCUUGAAGAUAUAAAGGACCAAAGAGACAUGAAGGUGAAUAAUACAGCUGUCACACACCAGGCUGUGAACAAAGACUACAACAACCGGAGUCUGCAUAGAGGUCACUUGUUCCCAUGUUCACACGCACCUGAUAAUGAUACCAAGAAGUCCACUUCCACCCUGACAAACGCCGUUCCCCGGUACCAAAACUUCAACCAAGGCAGAUGGAGGAUAAUGGAGGGCAAAGUCAGAGAUGCUCUUGUGAAGAACUGUAACGAUACCAACAACAGGACAAAAGCCUAUGUGGUGACUGGAGCCGUGCCCAGUAAGAAUAACACACUGAACAACAGAGUGAACAUCCCGUAUCUCAUGUGGACAGCCUUCUGCUGUUACAACAACACGAAGAACUGGACGGUCGGAGCAUACUGGGGGGAGAACACAAACGGCAGUGGGAGCAUAUUGAACCUGGAAACCUUGGGAAAACUCGAAGCCAAGUUGAAUCAAAGCUACAAUGGUACUGUCAAGGUGUUUCACGAUAAUUGUCCAAGAAACAUUACAGUACAACAGGUUAAUACGAGGACCAGGGAAGAGACGGAGAGUGAAUGUGUUGAAAUGUCAUGA